AUGGACCCGGACACCUCCCCCUCCCCCGCCGACGAACCGCCCGUGUUCAACUACAUCCUCUCCUUCCUCCUCGUCGGCGUAGCAUGGGGCUUCACGACCCCUUUCAUCCGCCGCGCCGCAGCAGACUUCAACGCGCGCCAGGAACUCCAUCAGCAAUCGCAUGACGAAUCUUCCUCCUCCCCAUCCAACCCACAGGACCCUGACGCAACAGAAGAACGAGAACUCCAAUCUCGCCGUCAACGCCGCCAUCGCGACGAAGCGCACUCGGAGCAGGAAACGGCGCCGCUGCGCGAAGGCGGAGGGUCGGAAUCGGAUUCAGAUGAAGACGAGGAUCAUCCGCCACCGGAGGCGCGUCCGGCUUGGAUGAACCAGAACCAGAACCAGGGUCGAAGCCAGACUUCUUCGUCCGUGAAAACGAACGGGAAAUCGAGUUGGUUGAAGACGAAAAUCAUCGGUGUCUUUUGGACGGUGGUGAAUUUGUUGCGGACACCCGCGUAUGCGAUUCCCCUGAUCGUUAACUUGACGGGGAGUGUGUGGUUUUUCUUGCUGGUUGGAAAACAUGAACUAUCCCUCACCGUUCCCCUGGCCAAUUCAAGCGCAUUCCUAUUCACCGUGCUAGGAGAAUGGUAUGUUGAGCGCAAGGUCAUCGAAAAGGAAACGUGGUUGGGCAUGGCGCUUGUGUUGGGGGGAAUUGCGAUUUGCGUGAAAUCGAAGGGAUCUUGA